CUCGACGGGACCUGACAGCUUUUGCCAUUGUCGGCUCGCUCAUGGCGACGUUUCUAACACAACGGCCAGUCACACAGCAAGAGACAUUGAUCGGUGGCCGCAAUAACACCGUCCUCGUCCUCACCGAUAGCCACCCUGGGCUGUGCAACGCUCACCUGGCCGCAGUCUCCGAGCUGAUCGAGAGCCAUCCGUCACUGGAAGUUCACUAUGCAUCCUUUCCUAGCCUGGCAAACAAGCUUGGGCGCAUCGAGAUGAAUGCAAAAGCAAAAAACCCGUAUGCCAAAGUGCAUUGGUAUGAGUUCAAUGCUCCCAGUCUCGCAGAAGAGGCUGGAGUCCACAAGGGUGGCCCUAGCGGGAUCAGGACUCCUCCAGGGCUGCCAGGGCUGCAUGCAUUUGGAGACAUCAUCUCAUUCUUCACGGCCGCAUGGUCAAAAGAAGCUCAUUUGGAGAUAUACCGGAGCAUUGUAGAUAUCAUUGACGAGGUUGAUCCUUCUCUCAUCGUGCUCGAUCCAUGGUUUCGGCCGGGCGUUGAUGCUGCGCGAAGUUUGAACCGAAGACGUGCUUACGUUUCACCGAAUGCACUGCUGGAUGACCUGAGCGUGAGGCAGCCCCUUGGAGCACAUUUUUGGAAAUAUCCUGGCAUGGCCACGGGCAUUGCGUUUCCAAUUCCUUGGAAAGAUGUCCCAAAAAAUAUAUACCAGCAAGCUUAUUCCCUGAUUCAAAUCCUUGGAUCGUCUGCCAUUAGAAGCAAGCGUUCCUGGCUUCAGGAACAAGGCAUCAAGCAUGCUAUCACGCCUAGCGAGAUAGACAACCCAGCGGUACCAUGGAUUGCCAUGAGCUUCCCUGAAGCAGAGUUCCCACUGGGCUAUAUUCCGGACAACAUUCAUGUGGCGGGUCCACUGGUUCUCGACGCAGCACCAGCAGAGACGCAGAGCGCAGAAUUGGCGGGCUGGAUAAAGAAGGCUCCCACCAUGCUCAUCAACUUGGGUAGUAUAGUGGAAUACGACGAAGCAAUGGCCCGAGCUAUGCUGACGGCAAUCAUUCCUGUCUUGGAGGCUGAAAAUGUCCAGAUCCUGUGGAAGAUGAAGAAGCGAGGGCAAUUCGGCAAUGAGUUCCUGGAGCCGGCGAAGAAGUACAUUGAUAAUGGAAGGCUGCGGCUGGAAUCCUGGCUCAGCGUCGAUCCCACUUCUCUGUUUAAGACUGGUGAUAUUGUAGCCUCUGUGCACCACGGAGGCGCCAACUGCUUCUAUGAAGCGCUGCUUGCUGGUCUCCCAAGCGUCAUCCUCCCGCAGUGGGCCGACCAUUACCGAUAUGCGCAAACAGCAGAAUACCUUGGCGUUGGUGUUUGGCCCUCGAAGGAGACGUCGCCAGGGUGGGACGCUGCAGCCCUCACCGAGGCAUUCCUCAACGUGCUCAACGGCGAGGCCAGCGUGGCCAUGCGGGAAAAGGCCAAGGCGCUUUCAGAGAAGGGACUGCGGUAUGGCGGAGACAAGGCGGCAGCUGCUCUGAUUGCCAAGCUGGCGAGAGAAGGGCGCUGA